UAUUGUUAUUUAUUUUUUCAGAAAAAGGAAGAAGAAUCAUUUCACUGUUUGGUGAAAAGGAGGAGUAGGAGAGAGAAAAAGCUGACACAGUAAGAUGAGUGAAAAACAAAACAUUCAACUCCAAAAUUCAGUGAACAUAACUAACUACCAUUCAACAAACCAAAAAAUUUCAGCUUUGGUUCAAGGGGGUUGGUGUCAACAGUUCAAAGCGUAUUACUUGAAUGGCACAAAAUGAAAUUCAUGACCCUGAAAUAAAACCACAGACUUCAUCUCAGUCUGCAGAGACCAACAACACAAAGUCAAAGCCUUCUUCUUUGGAGACACAAAUGUCAACAACCUCAACCAUGAUCCCCACAACCUCAUGGUUCACCCCCAAGAGGCUGCUGGCUCUAUUUUGUGUGAUUAAUUUGUUAAACUAUGUGGACCGUGGAGCAAUAGCAAGCAAUGGUGUCAAUGGAAGCAGGGGAACUUGCACGGAAGGAGGUACCUGCACUUCUGGCACAGGAAUACAAGGGGAUUUUAACUUGAACAAUUUUGAGGAUGGAGUUUUAUCAUCCGCUUUUAUGGUUGGACUUCUUGUGGCUUCUCCAAUAUUUGCUUCCCUAGCAAAGAGUGUAAAUCCAUUUAGACUUAUAGGAGUUGGAUUAUCAGUUUGGACUGUUGCAACCUUAUGUUGUGGUUUUUCUUUUAAUUUCUGGUCUAUUUCAGUCUCUCGCAUGCUGGUUGGUGUUGGAGAGGCUUCAUUUAUAAGUCUUGCAGCACCUUUCAUCGACGACAAUGCUCCAGUUUCUCAGAAAACAGCAUGGCUCGCAAUCUUUUACAUGUGUAUACCAACUGGAUAUGCAAUUGGCUAUGUUUAUGGAGGUUUGGUUGGAAGUUAUAUUGGUUGGCGUUCUGCUUUCUGGAUAGAAUCUGUAUUGAUGCUUCCAUUUGCUAUUGCUGGGUUUGUUAUGAAGCCUUUACAGUUGAAAGGUUUUGUUCCUGCUGAUUCAGAAAAGGUACUUGUUCCUGGAACACCUCUGUCAGAAGUUUCAGUUAUGGAUACUUCCAAUGGAAAAGAUGAAUCAUUGUCCUUAAAGGCUGAGUUCAGUGAUAAAAGCUCAAUUGAUCAUUCCAAGUCGAAUUCAGCAGCCAAAAUGUACGACCAGUUCUCGCGAUUUUUUAAUGAUAUGAAAGAGCUUUUGGGUGAUAAGGUUUAUGUUGUCAAUGUUUUAGGAUACAUAGCAUACAACUUUGUCCUAGGUGCAUACUCAUAUUGGGGUCCGAAAGCCGGCUAUAAUAUCUAUCACAUGACUGAUGCUGAUUUGAUAUUUGGUGGAAUUACAAUUGUAUGUGGAAUACUUGGCACAAUAGCUGGAGGCUUGGUUCUGGAUUUCAUGAGUAACACAUUACCAAAUGCAUUUAAGCUUCUCUCAAUCACAACAUUUAUUGGUGCAGCAUUUUGCUUUGGUGCUUUCUUAUUCAGAAGCAUGUACGGCUUCCUUGUGCUUUUCGCUAUUGGUGAACUACUUGUUUUUGCUACUCAGGGUCCUGUGAAUUAUGUAUCCCUCCAUUGCGUUAAACCGAGUUUGAGGCCAUUAUCGAUGGCUAUAUCCACAGUUGCUAUUCACAUCUUUGGAGAUGUACCUUCCUCACCUCUUGUUGGAGUUCUCCAGGAUUGUAUUAACAACUGGAGAACAACUGCAUUGAUUCUUACAUCUAUACUUUUUCCAGCAGCUGGUAUAUGGUUUAUAGGAAUAUUUCUGCAUAGUGUGGAUAGAUUCAAUGAAGAUGAUGAGCAACAAGAAUCAAAUGUGGAAGGAUCAAGCACCAUGCCAUUGCUUCAAGUGAAUGCUGGAGAAAUAUCAACCUCUACUCAAUCCCAAGAACCAUGAUUUUUUUUUUCUUUAUUAUUUCUCAUGCCUCUCCAUGCACAACUUUAAUUUAGCAAUAUAGUGUAAAUGCCAAAUAGGCCAAUAGCCUCUCUUUGAAUUGUACAUUUAUCAUACUGUCAAUGUAAAAUAAUUUUACACAAACAACUAAUUGUUUAUUAUCACAUUAGCAAAAGUAACU